UUUAAUGUAAACACAAUUUAACAGAACAGUAGUAAAAACAUUGUAAGAUUAAUAUAUAAAGUGAUUCUCGAAAAAAUGGCAGUCUUUGCAUCUGGAUCAUAUGAUCCAGACUCCAUUACAAAAUAUUCAUCAAUUACUGAACAGAUUCCGAGGCGCUCAAUUCAAGAUCCAGAAACUUACCAGCUUAUUAAAGAUUCGAAACCUGUUGUCAUUACGGAUACGAAUCUUGUGACAUCUGCAUCAAAGUGGGACUUGGAAUAUUUGAAUAAGAACCUUGGCGAUGGUCUGUUCUAUGUAUACACAUCAAAUGAUAACAGAUUCAAGUACUUUGAUAACAAGAGAGCUGAAAAGUGCAAAUCAUUCGUUACACCAUCAGAGCGACAUCACGUUACAUUUCUUCAAUUUUUACAGAUGUUAAAAAGAUGUGCAAGAACGAAAGAAAAAGUAUAUCUACAGCAAACACUUAACGACAGUGUUGGGACAAACAUUGUAACUGACUUCCUUCAGUUUAAUUGGGACUGGGUAAACAAAUGCCAAGCAGCAUAUGGCUGGGGAUCUCUCAGUUCAAAUCUUCUUCUCAUUGGGCUUGAAGGAAACAUUACCCCUGUACAUUAUGACGAGCAGGAAAAUUUUUUCGCCCAGAUAUCGGGCCACAAGCGAUGCUUGCUUUUCUCACCCGACCAAUUUGAUUGUCUCUACCCCCACCCUGUGGCACAUCCAUGUGAUCGUCAAAGCCAGGUUAAUAUUGCCAACCCUGAUUACAAAAAGUUCCCACGUUUUCGAAACGCACAUGCCACAGAAGCAAUUGUUGGUCCUGGUGACGUUCUGUACAUUCCAAUGUACUGGUGGCAUCAAAUAGAGUCGUUAUCAUCCAGUGAUGCAAUGGAUGUCUCGCAUCCUCACUCUUUGCAGGAUUCCGCUUCCAUUGAUGACGUCAUGGAAGGAAUUCCACCGGUGACCAUCUCUGUAAAUUUCUGGUACCGGGGAACGCCAUUACCUGAUGUUAUUCAAUAUCCACUAUCGCCCCAACAGCGAGUGUCCGUGAUGCGGAAUGUGGAGAAAAUGCUGGCAGCUGCGUUAGGUGACGCCGAGAAAGUUGGUGAACUCUUACGUACCAUGGUGGAGGGAAGGUAUACUCAGUGACGUCACAGUUCGCCUUUAAGAGGUUUCUGGUUGCUUAAAGCUCGAAGGUUGAAAUUUGAAUCGACAGUUUGCCUGGUGGCAAGCAGAUGAACAGGGUCCGUUGUUCCGCGAGAAUCGUAUACCGAUCUUAACCCGCUGUGCGGGGUAUGCAAUUAUGUUUCACUAUUAGUUAUUCUUUGUCUUUAUCGAAUUUGUGCCUCGUCGUAAUCGUAAUUUAAAAUUGUCGAAUAAACCACUAUGUUUACACCAA